AAUUAGCUAAGUGGGAAAAAAAGAAAGCAGAAAGAAGUGAAAGGGGGAAGAAAGAAAGAAACAGAAACGAAACUGAGUUGAGAGAGAAAAUUAGCAGAAGUUAGUGACGAGGAGGAGGAAGACGAAAACGAAGAGAUGAGUUGGCCUCAAACUGCCUGGCAAAUGAGAAAUUAGACCGACCCUUAAAGGCCCCUACAUCAAUUCACGUAAUGCUCAUUUGUUUACGACAGGCUUUGUGAAUCAUAACCAGAAGAAGAGUGAAAGAAAGAAAGAAAGAAAGAAGGAAGAAGAAGAUUAGCGAGAGAGAGAGAGAGAGAGAGAGAGAGAGAGAGGCGGAGGGUGGAACCGGGGCAGAGGAUAGGAGGUAGGAGGUGUUUAUGAUGCUUUGUGAUUCAUUGCGUGAUCGAAUACAGCCAUGGCUUCGUGAUUACGACAGGCUUCAGUCAUUGGCCGUCAUUCUCCUCUACAUUCAGAUUGGGUGCGCAUUGGUGGGUUCGCUGGGUGCACUGUACAAUGGGGUUUUGCUGAUAAAUCUGGCCAUUGCAUUGUUCGCCCUUGUCGCAAUCGAGAGCAGCAGUCAGAGCCUCGGCCGCACAUACGCCGUCCUUCUCGUCUGCGCCAUCUUCCUCGAUGUUUUCUGGUUCAUUCUCUUCACCCACGAAAUCUGGAACCUUUCUCGCCGGAGUGGGAGUAAUACAACUUUGUACAUCUUCUCCGUAAAGCUCACUCUGGCCAUGCAAAUUAUCGGCUUUUCCAUCAGGUUAUCCUCCACCUUGUUAUGGAUUCAGAUCUACAGGUUGGGCCUUUCCUAUGUAGACACUAGUGCAACUCCUAGAGAAGCCGAUUUUGAUUUAAGAAAUAGUUUCUUGAGUCCUACUACUCCCGUUGUACCCAGACAAACUUCAGAUUCUAGUGAUGCUAUAGGAGGCGCUAUCUAUGAUCCUGCGUAUUACUCCUCACUCUUUGAAGAUGGUCAGGGAAAAUAUUGCAGUGGCAACGGAUCCACUUCUGCUGUCGAAGCUUCUAAGACAAAACCAUCCGUAGUCAGAUCGUUUCAGUUCGUAGAUCAACACCAACUGGCCAAAUAUUCGAUCCACAUGUUUAUCUACGUUGAGUACUUGGUUGGGUGGCGUUUUGAGGUUGUUUUCUUGGUUUUGACAGACAGAUUUCUCAAUUGGAAAUUUGGAUAAUUCAUUUGUGCACCUUCCUACACAAGAUUUGAUUGUAUGAUGGUUUGUGGUUGUAAUAUAACAGUACCCAUACUCGUAUCAUGUGCAAGCACCAUAAAUCUUGUGUAAAAUGAUUUUAGUGACCCAGCUGACAAGGCCUUUUUAUUACCUCAUUAGUAGUUAUGCUCCUCUGCUGCUUUCUUAUUCCUUUUCAACAAGACAUUCCAAAAUUUUCGUGGCUCAUGCAUUCUUUUGGCCACCACAUUUUGCUACAUAUGCCAUUUAACUAUUAGUCAUGUACAGGGCAGAUUGUCAUCAGGUAGCUCUGUGCAUAGUAGAAGAAUAUAUUAGACUGUCCAUAUCGGGGCUGUGACUGUUACCCGCUUUUGGUUAAUAGGAUUUUGUUUUAAUUAUAAAAAUCUGUUAUGAUUAUUAUUUCAUCCAGAUGAAAUGUCAUUUUUGCUUCUUCUAACUCGA